AGCCACUGACCCGUCUCGUGCCUCUCUCUUAUCCCCUCCUUUCCUCUCCACAUCUUUUCUUUUAAUACUGUCCUUAACUAGCCCUUCUCUCUCGAUCUUUAUCUCUAUCUGGUAAAUUUCGUUGUUAGGAUUCCCAUUGAGAAUUCUACAUAACCUCCUGAGCCCACGCCACGCUCAUGGCUCCAGAGAAAGACGGCAACGGUCUGGACAACUUUGCGUUUACUGUUGAAGGUGUCGAUCGCUUCUGCAAGUUGCCGGAAAAAGAUAACGAUACGCUUUCAGAGGACGGAGAAAGAAAUAAACUGGCAUACUGUGUCACGGAUAUUCCACCAUGGUACCUCUGCAUUAUUUUGGGGAUUCAGCAUUGUCUUACAGCUUUUGGUGGCAUUAUUGCCAUUCCUCUGAUCCUGUCUCAGGGCUUGUGUCUACAGCAUGAUGGUCUCACGCAAAGUCACCUCAUCAGCACCAUCUUCUUCGUGUCAGGCCUGUGCACCUUACUGCAGGUCACUUUUGGAGUGAGGUUACCCAUUCUCCAGGGUGGGACAUUUACUCUUCUUUCACCCUGCAUGGCUUUGCUUUCAAUGCCCGAGUGGAGCUGCCCGGCCUGGACACAGAAUUCCAGUUUGGUCAAUGUCUCCUCACCUGAAUUCAUUCAAGUUUGGCGGAGUCGCAUACAGGUGCUUCAGGGAUCGAUCAUGGUUGGAUCUUUGUUUCAGGUGCUGGUGGGAUUCACCGGUCUUAUUGGCCUCUUCAUGCGUUUCAUUGGUCCCUUGACCAUCGCACCAACCAUUUCGCUGAUCGGCCUAUCGCUGUUCGACUCUGCUGGCGUGAACGCAGGACACCACUGGGGCAUCUCUGCUAUGACAACAAGUUUAAUUGUGAUCUUCUCUCAGUACCUCCGCCAUAUUGCCAUACCCUUCCCGACAUACAGCAAAGCCAAGAAAUUUCACACCACCAAGAUGUACAUAUUUCAGAUUCUACCAGUCCUGUUUGGAAUUACUCUGUCUUGGUUGAUUUGCUACAUCUUGACAAUCUACAACGUCCUACCCUCUGACCCUGUCCAAUAUGGCUAUCUAGCCCGCACUGAUGUUAAAGGGGAUGUUAUUGGCAGGGCUCCUUGGUUCAGAUUUCCUUAUCCAGGUCAAUGGGGUGUACCAACCGUAAGCCUGGCCGGGGUUUUUGGAAUCCUGGCGGGAGUCAUAUCCUCAAUGAUUGAGUCAGUGGGUGAUUAUCACGCCUGUGCCAGGUUAUCUGGUGCCCCACCACCCCCCAGACAUGCCAUCAACAGGGGCAUUGGUAUUGAAGGUAUUGGAUGUCUCCUGGCAGGUGCCUGGGGCACAGGAAACGGCACCACCUCUUACAGUGAGAAUGUAGGAGCUCUGGGGAUCACCAAGGUUGGCAGUCGCAUGGUGAUUGUGGCCAGUGGAUUUUUAAUGAUUAUAAUGGGAAUGUUUGGGAAAAUUGCAGCCAUAUUCACUACAAUACCAACACCUGUCAUUGGUGGGAUGUUUCUGGUCAUGUUUGGGGUCAUUACUGCUGCCGGAUGUUCAAACCUACAGUACGCCGACAUGAAUUCCUCACGCAACAUCUUCAUCUUUGGAUUUUCCAUGUUCACUGGACUUGUGAUUCCCAACUGGAUACUGAAAAACCCCACAGCCAUUGCAACAGGUGUUGUUGAACUGGACCAGGUGCUUCAAGUACUUCUCACAACAAGCAUGUUUGUUGGAGGUUUUUUUGGCUUUUUUCUGGAUAACACAAUAUCCGGAACAAAACGCGAACGAGGCAUCACCGUAUGGAACAGAGUCCACCACAAAGCAUCGGACAACACUGUGGAAAGCGAUGAUGUUUACGGGCUGCCCUUCGGUAUAAGCGCCGGCCUCUCAUCUUUCCCCUGGACCAAAUAUGUGCCCUUCUGCCCUUCACACAAACCCAGAGUGGAGGAUGACACACCGUCCAGCGUGGACUCUUUGGACACCAAAACAGAGCCUAACAAAGAUGAUUCACACAUUAUAGUGGGGGUGGCAUUAUAAUACGUGAAAGCUUGGUUUUAAAUAGAAAAGGCUCUGUAUUCACUGUCACCAGUGGAACACACACUCACUGAACUGAGAGGUAGCUACCAUGACGUCUCAUUUUGAGAACCCCUUAAAACCUUAUAUUUCUAAUCCCACACAGGACGGUAGUGUUUUUGUAUUGUAUGAGACCAUUUUUAUCACAUUUUACGCUUAAUGAACACUGGAUCGAGAAAGCAAAGAAUUACUUUAAAGUAUUAUAGUGGUGUUUAAAGUAACAUCUCGACAAUUUGACUUAUUAUUUUCUGUUUUUUUUUGUUGGCUCUUUAGGGGGUGAUUUAGAUUGAACAUGGAAGUGCCUCAUUUAACAUUUAUCUAAAUGCUUUACCAUGUUAUAUCUGUCUUUUCAAUUAUUUUUAAUGCCUCGUUUUAAAUGGAGAGAUUAUGUUGAUACUAUAUUGUAUUUUGUACACACAUUUAAAAGCCAUAAAAUUGUUCAC